UUCCGGUGCUGGCGCAGCUUCGGUGGUUCGGUGUUGCGGUCCAGUCCAGCCGCUGGCUGAUGAGGUUCUCUCCUCUGUGGUGUUCUCCUGGUUCAGCAUCGCUCCCCGGCGUUCCCGGCCGCCACGUGAACGCGCCUGGUCUGCAUGGCUUCGUGACAUAAGCAGGUGCACGCGCCUGAAUGAAUCUGAGAAAAAGCGAUGAGGGGCCGCUGGCGGUUAUUUCGAAAAUCACCCCCGGCUGCGUUUGCGCUCUUGAACACACCCCACUGAGUCCGGUUCUGUUCCGGAAUAAUGGCGGCCCAGCAGGAGCCGUCUCCGCCGUCCUCCCUGGAGGGCAGCAAGCCGGGCUUCCCGAGGAAAAUCCUGGCCAACUGCCUCGAAGACAAGCACCUGUGCAACUCGUGUGAGAAGAUCCUGCGCAGGCCCCUGCAGGCCCAGUGCGGACACCGCUUCUGCUGCUUCUGCUUCAACAGAACCGUCAGCUCUGGGCCACAGAAAUGCAGUGCGUGCAUCAAAGAGGACCUGUUUGAAGAACCCACCUCCAUUCUCAAGCAGGGGGGUGCCUUCCACGACAAUGCAGCACGGAGGGAGGUGGAGGCCCUGGCUGCAGUCUGUCCCAACGAAGGAUGCACGUGGACGGGCACUGUCAAAGAAUAUGAGGCCAGUCAUGAGGGCUCCUGUGACUUCACUAUCAUCAUGUGCCCUUCUUGCAAAGAGCUGAUGAGAGCCAACGAGCAGGAGCGCCACAACGAGAGGGAGUGUCCGGAGAGGACGCUCAACUGCAAAUACUGCAAGGAGCCCUUCCUGCUGAAGAACAUCAAGGAACAUUGUCAGUUGUUGUCUUCGUUGAUCUUCCAGGCUCAUGAUGAAAUCUGUCCAAAGUACCCAAUGAUGUGUGAGGGCUGUGCCAAGAAAAAGAUCCCCAGAGAAAAGUAUGUGGACCAUAUUAAGUUCUGCAGUAAAUUUAAAGCUCCAUGCAGAUUUCAUGUUGUUGGCUGCGACACGUCUGUGGAGAAGGAGAAGAUCCAUGACCAUGAGCGGCAGUGCUCUUACGAGCACCUCAACCUGCUGCUGCACUUCAUCAUGGGCAUCAAGGUGAGCCUGGAGAGCCUGCAGCCUCAGAGGCUGGAGGUGGCCAGCCAGAAGUUGCACGAGCUCCACCAGUCUCUCAGGGAUCUGGAGCUGAGGAUGAGCCAGCUCGGCAGGAGCGGCACAGCUCCCCUGCAGGGUGUAUGUGCCGCCACUCUGGCCACCUCCUUCACCCCGCUCCACAGCGCCAUGGGUGCUGCUCUGGAGCUGCAGCUGCAGAGCGAGAAGACCAAGGUGGCGGAGCUGAGCCGGCGGUGCCAGGAGCUGGAGCUCAAAGUGAGCACGUUUGAAAACAUCGUGUGCAUCCUCAACCGAGAGUUGGAGCGCUCCUGCGCCACCAUGGAGGCCUACAACCGCCAGCAUCGACUGGAUCAAGAUAAGAUUGAGAUCCUUAGUAAUAAGGUCCGUCAGCUGGAAAGGACUGUGAGCCUGAGGGACCUGUCCAUCGUGGAAAUGGAGGGCAAAAUGAAGGACAUGUCCGCAGCCACCUACGACGGCAUCUUUAUAUGGAAAAUCUCUGAUUUCACCAAGAAGAGGCAGGACGCCAUGGCUGGACGAGCUCCAGCAAUGUUUUCUCCUGCAUUUUAUACGAGUAAAUACGGCUACAAGAUGUGUCUGCGGAUCUACCUGAAUGGUGACGGGACGGGCCGCGGUACGCACUUGUCUCUGUUCUUUGUGGUCAUGCGGGGACACAGCGACGCGCUUCUCAAGUGGCCUUUUAAUCAGAAGGUCACGCUUAUGCUGCUGGACCAGAACAACAGGGAGCACAUCAUCGACGCCUUCCGGCCCGACAUCUCGUCCUCAUCUUUCCAAAGGCCCGUCAGCGACAUGAACAUCGCCAGUGGCUGCCCACUCUUCUGUCCACUGUCUAAGCUGGACUCCAAGAACUCGUACAUCCGUGAUGAAACCAUCUUCAUAAAGGCUAUUGUAGAUCUCUCUGGGCUCUAGGCAGAAUUUGAGGACAUAAACCAGUUUUGCCUUUGUUGCUACUAAACCAUAACUGACCCCUGCGAGUUGAGUCUCUGCCUGAUUAGCUGGAUGUGGUUGAUAAUGUCGAUGGCCGUACGCAGGAUCAAGUCUUUGCUUAGGCUCCUGGUUGUAAAGGUUAUCAUAAACUGUGUCGAUCACCCAGGCAUUUAUCUAAAUGACUCAACAAGUGAGGGUAACUUGGAGACCAUUGUUCUCCAGAUCUGUCUGUAUGCCCAUCUGCGGUUUCUUCACGUGUUUCUUCAUGUGCUGAGUCGACAGAUAGAGGUUCUAUUUCCAAGACUUCUAACCUCUUCGUGGAAACUAAGGUGUUUCAGGCGCGGCAGAGUGGUCGUUUCCAGCCCUCAUCAGGCUAGCAGCCUGUACGCAGGAGAUUCCAAGAUGUCUUAAAACAAGUACAGGCUUCAUUAGCUUGUAGGAGCCGCAGCACCUCUCUCUUAUCUCACAGGAAUAUGAACCACAGUCAGAAAAUAUUAGGUUUGUCGCAAGUGUCUUCGACCUGCUUCAGUCUGCUCUCGAAGUAGUUUCUACAUUACCGAAAUCUGACAGUCCUUGAAUGUUUGUGACAUUUGUGCCUCACUGCACAAAUAUAAACUGCUUUAUUUAAAUCAAAACGUCACCUGUAGGUCAUGAAUCGUUUGGGGAACAGCUGUUCAAAGUUAUUACAAAGGAAACCUGUCGACUGUGUCUUCAGGUGGUCGUAGGAGCUGAUGCAUUUCCAACUCCGCAGAGGGUUUGUCGGGUUUGUGCAUCUGUGACUCACCUGCAGAAUAAAGCAUCUGAGGGAAAUUCCAUCUUUCUAUCGGUGGGAUCUUGAAUAUUUUCUUAUCUUUUUAUGCAGUUACAACUCAAACAUCAGAGCCAGAUGGAAUCAGUCCAGAGCUGUUUGGUUUCAGUGUGUCAAAAAUAACAUCUGUGGUUGUAAACUUUGUUUGAAUUCCAGGAAUUCCGGGUCAUCGUGUAGGAUGGGGAUGACCGAGAGCGCCUUCUUAUCUUCACUAUGUGGCAAGAAAGAUAUGUGAAGGAUGAACUGACCAUUUUCAUGAAUGUUCUGGAGAUUAGGAAACAUUAAAUGUGUUUUUUAGGUACAAUUUAGAUAAACUGUCAGGAUUCAUUAGUUGCAUCCAUGCCUGUAGUUUCACACCAGCUUCACGAUGUUCCAGAAGAUGCAGCAGCUUCUGCAGAGCGCGUUCACAUCAGUAUCUAUCCCUUUUUCCACACAAAAAAACAAAAAAAAACAUUGGAGCAUCCAAAGCUUCAAGACAGAAACUGUGUUGGAGCUGAAAGUUUUUAUUUUUCCCAUAAAGCAGGAUUGUUAUCCUCCUUUUAUGAAAUGAAGUUUGUGGUGAGGCUUGCUGCAAUUAAAACUUUUUAGUUCUCAGCAAGAAAUUCCAUCCAAACUGGACCAAGAAAACUCCACCCAAAGAACUUAUAUGAUUGAAGAUUUGGGUGUGCAUAUUCUGCAUGUGCAGUAUUCCGUUUCUUCUGGACAUUUUGUUACAUGUUCUGCGUAUAUGUUGUGUAUUUUGUGUUUUGGGAAUGGUCUGUGCGCCAUCAUAUUUCCUUUUUGUCUUGUCCAGCAGCAGAGCAAACCCAGAGAAGUCGUUAACAUCUAGUUUUUGCUGAUUUUACUGUUAAUGAAGUUAUUAUAUUACCUUCUUCACAUUCAAGAGAUUUAUAUUUACAGUGGAGGAAAUAAGUAUUUGAUCCUUCUUGACAGAAACACAAAGUACUUAGUGGCAAAACCCUUAAUGUCAAGCACACUCUCCAUGACCCUAAUAUGCUUUUUCUCCAGCCAUUCCUUUGUUCUCUUGGCUGAAUGUUUUGGGUCAUUUGGGCCAUCCAAGGAGGAGGUUAUCACUCAGGAUUUGAUGGUACAUGGCUCCGCCCAUCCUUCCAUUGGCUACACAGUGAAGUAGCCCUGUGCAGAAAAGACAAUGUUUCCACCUCCAUGCUUGAUGGUGUUCUUGGGGUCAUCAGCGGUAUUUCUCCUCCUCCAAAUGUGACAGGUUGAGUUGAUGCCAAAGAUUUUUGGUCUCAUCUGACCACAACUCCUUCUCUCAAUCACUCUCUGAAUCACGUAGGUGGGUAUUGGUAAACUUCAGACGGCCCCUUCUUAAGCAGGGCUACUUUGUUGUGUAAAGUAUGACAAAGGAUUUUUCUUGGUGACUGUGGUUCCAGCUGCUUUGAGAUCCUCCACUAACUCCUGUCGUGUUGUUUUGGGCCGAUUUCUCUCGGUUCUCGUGAUCAUGGAAACUCCAUCAGGUCAGAUCUGGUUUGGAGCCCCAGACCUAAAGGUGGAUUGAUGGAUUACGUCCUUGUAGUUUUGACCAAUUGCCCCUGAGAUUGGGCCUCCCAGAUACAAGUCACAGUGUGACUAAACCAGGGAGACGGACCAAAAAGCCUCAGCUAGGCACAGAAUGAACACCAUGAAUGCCUGAUGACCUGCCCGAGCCCCGUCCACCUGGAAGUCUAGUGAGCUUAGAUUAAAGACACUCAUUACUUAGGCAAGUAAUGAUGGGAUGUCUGUGCAAACAUCCAGUUAUUCUGCUGUUGAUUAAACAUCGUGUCUACAAAUGUUAUGGUUGCUGCUAUUUUGCGUCUCAUCUUUUGUUUUGUAGUUGUUUCCUGUGUGGCUUCCUUUGAGUUUGCUUUAGCUUUUGUGUGCUCACUCUGACAGAUUGAAGUCAAGUGUUUACAUCUCCUUCCUGUCCACAAGUAUAAAAAAAUCUAUUACUUGUUCAUGCCUUUACAGAAGAAUGGGCCGGCAUUCAGGGGGGUUCCUUGUAUAAAAUCUCUUCCGUCCAGGGGGUGGACUCGUGAGUGAACCUGCCGGAACUUCAAACUUCGCUCAGUUGCUGGUGUUGGAGGUGGGCGGAGUCAACUCCACUUUACACACAUUGUGUAGGCUUGUAUUGUAAAGCAGUGUCUUAUUUUUGUUUGGUAAUUUUUCAGUUAGUGGAGGGUGCAGCAUGUGCGUGUGUGUAUGUUUGUUCACUGAAAGCUGAGGGUUCAGUUUGUGUUGUGCUUGUAUGAUUGUGACAAACUGUAGCGGCUGCAGCUUAUUGCAAGAGAAACAUGUGCGACAAAAUGGCAGCAGUCUGUGAUUUCCAUGUAUGAGAGCAGUUUGGCAAACAGACUUUGUACAUUCAGGCAGCAGUCACCUCCAACAAAGGGCUUCACAUCUCAUCUCCAUCCAGGAAAUACGUCGCCUGACUGGAGUCUUCAUCUGGUGUGUUGAAUGUAAACAACCUUCUGUCGACUUCAACGCCACACUGCCUCACUGUUGAGGACAGUAACACAGCUGUCCCAACCAAAAGAGACAACAUUCAUAAAGGUUUUUGUUUUUCAUCUCUGAAGUCAAAAUGUUUCCUUCUGUAGUAACCAUGAGUCUGAUCCUAGUGUGUAAUUGUUACUCUUUGUACAAUCAGAUGUCUGUUCUGUAUUUGUAUUUAGUUUGAAUAAAGUUUCAAGAGUUCAGGCUGAAA